AGUGAGGGAAAGAAAGAGAGAGAGAGAGAGAGAGAGAGAGAGAGAGAGAGAGAGAGACAGAAGGUGUUGAACAGAACCAGAACCGGACCACAGAAGUCAAAACUGCUUUAGUCCGAAAAGAGAGACAGAAGAGAGAGAGAGAAAGAUUGGCAUUUGUCCUGUCUGUCUCACAACGGGGAACAGCGGUUUACUGUUACGGCAGCAGGAACGUGGACACAACUGCACAGAAUGUCUAAACAGCCAUCGACCAAUGUAAAAGCCCUGCAGGCCAACCUUAAUAUUCCAAUGGGGGCUCUGCGUCCUGGGGCGGGACAUCCUGUGAAGAGGAGAGAAGAUACAGUAGACACAGAGGAGGCAUCUCCGGUCACUCCAGAGGAGAAAAAGCCCCUGCCUGGUGCUGUGAAACUACCGGGCCCUGCCGUCAACCUCUCCGAGAUCCAGAACGUAAAAAGUGAACUCAGAUGGGUCACCAAGGACUAAACAACACAGGUGACUCCACCCCCAUUUUAUCCAAGGCUUUGGUUACGGUCUCCAUUCAAUCAGAUUCAUGUAUUUACCACAAAAUCCCAGAGAAUCGGUCGCAACGGAAUCAAUGGCAAGACUUAAUGAUGACACUACAAACUGACCUGAGAAUGAAGAAAGGGGGUGGAUUCUAUCGAAGCAAAGACUGAUGGGAAUUGAGCAAUUCAAAGCUCUGAACCAUGGUUUAGUCUGUCUAAAAUAGGUCAUCACUGUUUAAACCUCCCUGCAUCCUAUUCUGUAUUUUGUGCUUAAAAAUGUACUGUGUGCUUAACUUAAAGGGAUAGUUUACCCAAAAAUGAAAAUUCUGUCAUUUACUCACCCUCAUGGGUGAACUGUCCCUUUAAGAUUGAUUUUAUAGUAGUUCUGUAUUCUCCUACUACCAUCAAUGAGUCAUAAAACAGAAUAUAUGAGACUGAAGACAUUGAUUCAUCUUAAAAUUCCUCCAUUCUUUAACCAGAUUCUGUCUUAACUCGUUAAAAUAUGACACCAUAAAAUCAACGUUCUUCCAAUACAUUUUACAUCUAGAGGGAUUAUUAAGCAAAUAAUUGCGAUAAAUUGUAUUAAUUAAUCAGAAAGUCAUGCAUAUAAUUUGAUUAAUUUUUCUCAGAUUGACAGCCCUACUUAAAACGGCCCAUGCUGCAGGCUUGUUUUCGCUCCCUACUCUUUCUUUAUCUAUGGCUUUGUUCUUGUGUGUUGCAGUACAUGAGUAGGCUGUUGCAUAAUAAAACAUGAUUUCACGUUCUCUCCAAGAGCAAACCCGUAGGAGGAAGCCAGCACUUGUUAUCCUUGAACAAAUAGAACUGGAUUUCAAAUGCCGCACUAUCAGUUUGUUAUGUACAUAAACCGGGAUCAGUUUAACAGUGUAAAGCUGCUCAUCUCCUCGGCUGUAAAUCACAUCAUAAGUGUCUGUACUGCUCUGGGAUCUACAGUGAUCUGUAAUCUGUAGUUUACUAGCAGCAGGUGUCAUGACCUUUGGUGAAAGUGUCCUUAUUAAAGAACAUGUAUUGCUCCUUAGAUUAGAGUCAGUCUGCAUUAAGAGCUAUCAGUCAAAACCUGGGAAACAUAAUGCAGAUAAGUUGUGUCUAAAUAUGUAUUUCUUUAAAUUGUAAGGCUCUAUUUUCUGUAAGUUUGCUUUGAAACAAUGUGUAUUGUAGAAAAAAGCACAAAUACAAAUGUCUGACUGGA